AUGCCCGUUCAGAAGGGUCAAUUCGUCGAUGCAGUUAAACCUGCCUUGGGUAAGUCGAUGAAAUGAUUUUCUGCAAACCUCGCGUAUAAAUAAAUUAACCGGCUGCAUUUUUCGAGUGAGGGUGGCAGCUGUUUUUUACACGCGUAAAAUGGGUGCGUAAAAUGGAAACGUUUCCAAAAACAAUUCUAACAUAUAUACUAACAGAGUAUGCAAAAGUAAAAUUAUGAGUUUAUGGAUUUGGAAUUUGUAAUGAUGCAUAAUUUUAGAAGGUCUUCUGACAGAUCUGCAAAGGACUACAGAAGUCCUGCGUCGACAUAAUCGGAAAAGUAAAGAUUAUGAUGACAAAUGGGAGUCCACCUCUUCCCAAUUCAGUUACCGAGCCAAGAGAACUUCAGGAGUGGAAAAUGGAGACCUCGACCGGUCGUUGAGGUCAGCUUUGGAUAGUAGAUACUCCUCUCAUAAUGAUGUUAGAGGUCAGUCGACUGGUCGUGACUCCACUUAUCGCGAUUCCCUAAGGGAAUCUGGACGAGAUUCGACAAGAUUGGACAGUUCUCUAGACCAAACUCUACCAGCCGACUUCCAGACCAUCCCUCGAGGCGAUUGUGGACAAUGUGGGCAGGCUAUUGUUGGUGAGGUAAUUGUUAUUUCUAGUUAAUCAGUUCUAAAUUUGAAUGAAUUUAUGGAACAUUUCAUAAAAUUUGACAUGACAUGAAACUUUUUUGUUGAUUUCCAUUUAAUUUCAUGUCAUUUGUUGGCAUUUCCAGGUUAUCAUUGCUCUCGGGCAGAUGUGGCAUCCCGAGCAUUUUACUUGUUAUCAAUGUGGAGAUCAAAUUGGCCAUAAGCUGUUCUUUGAGAAGGAUGAGAAGGCCUAUUGCGAAGAUGAUUAUCAUGAGAACUUCUCUCCUCGGUGUGGUUACUGUCAAUUGCCUGUAAAAGAAGUAAGAUUAAAAGGGCUUGAAGUUAUUGUGUUCAGAGAGCCAUCAGUGCCUUAGGGAAGACCUACCAUCAAGAACAUUUUACUUGUGCCCAAUGUGGGAAGGCCCUGGACUCUGAGGGAUACCACGAGAAGGAUGGAUAUGCUUAUUGCAAUGAAGAUUUCUAUCAGACUUACGCCCCGAAGUGCAAGGGAUGCGAAAAGCCGAUCACGGCCAAGUUUAUCACUGCUCUCGACACGCACUGGCAUCCGGAAUGCUUUGUUUGUGAUGUAAGUAUAUAUAAUUUUAAAUGUACAUGUAUUAUAUGUAUAUGAAUGUUGAUUUCAAAGCGUAAUGGUUUGCCUUUGAAAGGUUUCUGUGACUUUUGUUAUGUUGUUUGCUCUUGUUUUUUACAUUGCUUUAGGUGUGUUCUGAAUCUUUGUUUGAGUCCACUUUCCACCAAGAUGGCGUCACCUUUCUUUGUCGGACCCAUUAUCUCCUGAAGUACGGGAAUGUCUGCUAUCAAUGUCAAGAGCCCAUUGCUGGGAAAUGUGUGACAGCUUUGGGUCGAAAGUAUCAUCUCGACCAUUUCUGUUGUUGCUACUGUAAUAAGAUGCUGUGUUCGGGAACAUUUAAGCAUCUACAUGGUCGUUUGUAUUGUUCCCCUUGUUUUGAUCGCGUUGUUGUUUAA